AUGUCCACGCAAUUGCAAUUAAGACUCGCCGUAAUUUGUGCGCUUUGCACGCUCGCACACGCGGCGACCAACGAGCCAAGACGUGCGUUGGUCGAAUCUUCCAUCACGUACGCUGCCGACACGACGGGAAUCUCGCGCGGACAAUCGAUUUCGACUUCCACGACAUGGAACACGUUUUGCGAGUUCAUCCUACCGUUCUUGCUUGAACGCGGCUACACACCGCCAGCACAUGUAUGCAAUUAA